CCGUGGGGACCACAAAGACGGUGGUCCUUGGGGCUCUUUGUAGCAGUAACCCGGUGUGGUGUGUACUCUUCGCGUGCGACCCAGUUUGAACGUACCUUCCGAGUGGGCUCUUCUCCAUCCAGGCCCAUUUCCCCCCAAAGCUGACCUGGUCCUGUAGACGGGAAGGAGCCUGGACACAGGGACCCAUUCUCAAAGGCCCGGCAGGACCGCCAUGGCUUAUGAUGACUCCGUGAAGAAAGAAGAUUGCUUUGAUGGUGAUCACAGCUUUGAGGACAUAGGGCUAGCUGCUGGCCGAAGCCAACGAGAAAAGAAACGUUCUUACAAAGAUUUUUUAAGGGAAGAGGAAGAAAUCGCUGCUCAGGUCAGGAAUUCUUCCAAGAAGAAGUUAAAGGAUAGUGAACUUUACUUCUUGGGGACGGACACGCAUAAGAAAAAGAGGAAGCACUCCUCUGAUGAUUACUACUAUGGAGAUAUUUCGUCUUUGGAGUCGUCACAGAAGAAAAAGAAAAAGUCUAGCCCACAAUCUGCUGAUACAGCUAUGGACCUGUUGAAAGCGAUCACUUCCCCUCUGGCAACAGGCACCAAGCCUUCCAAAAAGACAGGAGAAAAGUCCUCCAGUUCUUCAAGCCAUUCAGAGAGUAAAAAGGAACACCACAGGAAGAAAGUCAGCGGAAGCAGUGGGGAGCUGUCCCUGGAGGAUGGUGGUUCCCACAAAUCCAAAAAAAUGAAACCGCUCUAUGUGAACACAGAGACACUGACCCUUCGUGAGCCUGAUGGGUUAAAGAUGAAACUUAUUCUCUCACCAAAGGAGAAGGGAAGCAGCUCAGUUGAUGAGGAGUCUUUUCAGUACCCCUCUCAACAAGCGACUGUGAAAAAAUCCUCUAAGAAGUCAGCUCGGGAUGAGCAAGGUGCUUUACUCCUAGGACAUGAGUUACAGAGCUUUCUGAAAACAGCCCGGAAGAAGCACAAGUCAUCCUCAGACUCACGUUCGUCUCCUGGCCCUGAAGGCUGUGGGUCUGAUGCCUCCCAGUUCCCAGAAUCCCACAGUGCUAACCUUGAUCUUUCAGGGCUUGAACCUAUUCUAGUAGAAUCAGACUCCUCGUCUGGCGGGGAGCUAGAGGCUGGGGAGUUAGUGAUCGAUGAUUCUUACCGGGAAAUCAAGAAGAAAAAGAAGUCAAAGAAGAGCAAGAAGAAGAAGGACAAGGAGAAGCAUAAAGAGAAGCGACACUCCAAGUCCAAGAGAAGUUCGGGACUUCCCGCUGCAGCAGUGGGAGAGGUCCCAGCGCCGCCCGGCCCUCCUCCCAGCGUCCCGUACACUGGAGCAGCCGCCCCUCCUCCACCGCUUCCUGGCCUCCACACAGAUGGGCACAGUGAGAAAAAAAAGAAGAGAGAGGAGAAGGACAAAGAGAGGGACAGAGGAGAAAAGCCAAAAAAGAAGAACAUGUCGGCCUACCAGGUGUUCUGUAAGGAGUAUCGUGUAACCAUUGUGGCUGACCAUCCAGGCAUAGAUUUUGGGGAACUGAGCAAAAAACUGGCUGAGGUGUGGAAGCAAUUGCCAGAGAAGGACAAACUGAUUUGGAAGCAAAAAGCUCAGUAUCUGCAACACAAACAGAACAAAGCAGAAGCUACAACUGUGAAAAGAAAAGCAUCCAGCGCAGAAGGUUCCAUGAAAGUGAAAGCUUCCUCUGCAGGAGUACUGUCACCCCAAAAGAAAUCCCCACCCACCACCAUGCUGUUACCCGCCUCGCCAGCCAAAGCCCCUGAGACAGAGCCCAUCGACGUGGCUGCUCAUCUCCAGCUGUUGGGAGAGUCCCUGAGCCUCAUUGGACACCGCCUGCAGGAAACCGAGGGCAUGGUUGCUGUGUCCGGCAGUCUGUCAGUGCUUCUGGAUUCCAUCAUCUGUGCGCUUGGCCCCUUGGCGUGUCUGACCACACAACUACCUGAGUUGAAUGGCUGUCCCAAACAGGUCUUGUCAAACACACUAGACAACAUUGCUUACAUCAUGCCUGGACUGUGACAGCAAAGACUCCUGGGACAGAAACCUUAUCCUGCCUGUUGCUGGCUUGUGUAUAUGUGACUGUUCCAGAUCCCUCCACUGGCAUCUGGGUAUUUUAAUUUAUCCUGUAAAUUUCUGUAUAUAUAAUUUAAAAACAAGAGCCUCCACCAGCAACAGCAUGUGGAAGAUACAGAUUUGUCAUUUCUGCCUCCCUUCCUUCCUCUGGUCUCCUCUGCAAACUCCAAAUCAUCUACACUUUAAGGUAUCGUGCCUCAAAAAGGAAUCAUUAUGUUGGGAUUCCAGUUCUUUACAAAUGAAUAAUGUCAAGAAAGUAAAUUAAAAGGAAUGUUACCAUUCCCAGCUGCCCUAAUUUCCAAAGAACCAGGCUUUUGCUUCCCAGUUCCAAAGAAAACAGUUGAGCGCUUCAGCGUUGUUUUUAAAUUUGGUUUGAGAGUCCAUGUCGAAACUAAGCUCUGAGGUGACUGCUUUCUUCCCUUGGCCUGGACAGAGCACUGCAGCAUCAAAGUAGAUCUUUGAGGACAGUGCCGCCAGCCUAUUUAAUUCUGCUGCAUCCUAUUUAAUUCUUUCCUUUUUUCCCACCAGUGUGGUCACAGGGCUGUGUUUCUUAAAGGUAUUCUGGCUGCUGAAUGCCUUUCUCACCUCAGAGCAGUUUUGAAAUUUAACUGGGAAACAGAAGGAAACAGGAAUGCUUGGGAACCAAAAUCACGAAGAGCAGAAAUCCUGGUUUAAUUUUGUGUGUUAGCACCUAUCCCACGCCUCCUCUGUACCCAUGUCAGUUUUCUGUUUGACACAGGGUAUCAAGGAAGGGCCUCGGAGACGUGGAUUAGUACAGAAAGAAGUCAAUCCUACCAUUGUCAUUUGUACACAUUAAUGAAGUCCUGAUGAGGACCUGCUUUUUGUUUGUUUGUUUUCCUUUAAGAUCCAAACCUAUUGUAUUUGUAUUUAAAAUUUGUACACAUUUGUAUAAUAAUCUGUUCCUUGUGGUAUUUGGUACUAUUAGAGGAAAAACUUUGGAUUCAGACCUUCUUGCAGUUUUUAUAUCAUUGUUUUAUUUUGUUUUUUAAAUAAAUUCUAGCUGUUUGAUCCAAAUCCCAUUAC